CUUUCCAUUCACAUUGUCCAAGCUGGUGUCCAGAUUGGGGAUACUCUUUGGGAACUCUAUUGCCUGGAACAUGGAAUCCAGCCAGAUGGCAUCAUUCUUGGCAGUAAAAUGGAUCGACUGGAAAAUGCUAAAAUAGAGCAUACGAAUGCACCUUUCGAUAACUUCUUCUGUGAGACGAGAGCUGGGAAGUAUGUUCCUAGAGCUCUCUUCAUGGACCUGGAACCAACUGUUAUAGAUGAGAUUCGUACAGGAAAGUACCGCUCACUCUUCCACCCAGAACAGCUCAUUAGUGGAAAGGAAGAUGCUGCAAACAACUAUGCCUGAGGCCAUCGCUCUGUGGGGCCAGAGAUUGUCGAUCCUGUGCUAGAGAGGAUCCGGAAACUGGCGGAACAGUGCAGUGGACUUCAAGGAUUUUUGAUUUUCUGAAGCUUUGGAGGAGGCACUGGAUCAGGAUUUACAUCUCUCUUAAUGGAGCGACUCUCGAUAGAAUAUAGCAGGAAGACUAAGUUGGAGUUCUCUGUCUACCCAGCUCCCAGGACCUCCACUGCUGUAGUGAAGCCUUACAACUCUGUCCUCACCACGCAUUCCACCACAGAGCACUCAGACUGUGCCUUCAUGGAGGACAAUGAGGCUAUCUAUGACAUAUGCCAUCGUAAGCUUGGUGUCAGACGCCCUUCUUAUGCCAAUAUUAAUAGGCUGAUAGGUCAGGUGGUAUCUUCCAUUACUGCUUCCCUCCUGUUUAAAGCGUCCUUGAAUGUGGACCUAAUUGAAUUCUGGACCAAUCUAGUACCUUAUCCGAGAAUACAUUUCCCCAUGACAACCUAUGCUCCCAUCAUCUCUGCUGACAAAGCUUAUCACGAGCAGUUCUCCAUGCUAGACAUCACUGCUGCUUGCUUUGAGUUCUCCAAUCAGCUGGUCAACUGUGACCCUUGGCUUGGGAAGUACAUGGCCUGCUGCCUACUGUACAGAGAGGAUGUGGUCCCUAAGGAUAUACAUGCUGCAAUUGCAGCCAUAAAGUUGAGGAACUCAGUCCAGUUUGUAGAUUGGUGUCCAACUGGUUUCAAGGUGGGCAUCAACAAUCAGCCACCCAUAGUAGUGCCAGGAGGGGACCUGGCCAAAAUCCAGCAGGCUGUCUGCAUGCUGAGCAAUACUACAGCGAUUGCAGAGGCCUGGGCCCACCUGGACCACAAAUUUGACCUCAUGUAUGCUAAGCUAGCAUUUCUGCAUUGGUAAGUUAAAGAAGACAUGGAAGAAGGAGAGUUCUCAGAGGCUAGUUAAGAUUUGGCAGCCCUGGAGAAGGAUUAUGAGGCAGUGGGGCAAAGUUUUUGA